UGGUUGAGGCCACAACGGGCCCUCGGAUCCUCUCCGGACAGUGGCUCUAUCGGGUCCCACCACGGGGCCAGUCCCGAUCCACAGGUGAGCGCAAACCUGGCACGUAGUCGCCAACUGUUGGACACCCCGGUGGGCUCUCGCAGCGUCCACGACAGGGGGAUAAGCUCAUACGGUGGUCCCGGAGGCGCUGAACCGGUGCCGUACACCCGACGACUAACGCGGAAUGACAGAAUAUUCUUUAACCGAGACUUGGCCGCCAACGCCAUACUCCUAUGGGAACUAUUAAUGGCAAAUAUUAUACAUAAGUUGUGUAAUACAUACCCGUACUUGCCCGUUGGUAGGCCUGAUACUACACAACUUGGUGGACCUUCCGAUGCCGGUGAUGAGCUCCACGCGGCCGUCGCUAAGGGACAGGUAGAGCAGGUCCUCGCGGUUGGCCGUACCCGAGGCCAGUACGGCGUCAUAGUUGCCAUUCUUCCAGACAAACUCGCAGUUGACUAUAUUCAACGAGUUUCCAUAGAGUCUAAUGAUCCUACUUACUAUAAAAACGUAUUGUUUGUGACAACCGAUGAUCGGGUCUAUGGGUUGGGCACUAAUAGUGAGGGAGUGUUGGGUUUGGGACACAACCGACCCAUCGAUACACCGGAAGAAGUCCCAGAACUAACCAUUACUCUCGCAUCGGAUGGACGGGUAUUUCAAUGGGAUUACAAUCCGAAGAAUAGACAAAAACCAAUUAUAAUACAAUUUCCCGUUGAAUACAGAGUUGUGGACAUUAUCUCUGGUUAUGACAACUCAUAUGGCAUUACAUCCAAUGGACGGGCAAAUAAUACAAUACAGAAUUAUGAAACAGGUCGUGAAAUAAAGGGCAUCGAUAUGUACGAGAUAUUAGAUACGUUAGGUUCCGGUGGUUUUGGGCACUUAUGUGACUUCGGUUUGUCUAAAGAAGUGGAUGUAUUGAGUGAUAAUUAUAAACCAAGUACUGCUGAAAACACCGCAGAAUUCAAAGACAAUGUUAAUUAUAUGGCACCCGAAGGACAGACCACUGAAUACAACCAUUUAAUAGAUGUCUAUAGUCUGGCACUCAUUGGAGCGAAAAUAUUUGGUUUCGAUUCCGACGAUAUCAGAGACGGAGUG